UUAAAACCCAGAGAGAGGGACUGCGCCGGACCCUGACCUGGAGGGACCGAGACCCCCACUACCACUCACACAUAUCUGCAUGCACUCAGAUAACUGGAACACAAAGUCCUGAGCGGCCGACAACUUAUCUCCACAAAGUGCGAUAAAUACCUGGAAGCAAACUGCCCCCACUGCACACACCCGGGGCAAAGCAGCAGAGGCAACAAGAGGAGACACCUGCCCCUGAACAUGGAGAGUUGGGGCAUCUUCCUCCUGCUUCUGGGGUCCUGCUUCAUUGCACAAGUUGCGAGUAACGAGAAGAAAGAUGAAGAACACCAAGCCCACCCAAGAGGACCCGGACGCAGUCACUGGAAUUACCAAGACACACAUGAAUGGGAUUCCAGUUUCCCUCAUUGUGGGGGCUCAGAACAAUCUCCAAUUAAUGUGAACACCAGCUCAGUGACAUUCGAUGCCAGUCUGAGGCCGAUUCGUCUGUCUGGGUACAAUGUGACUCCAGAAGAAACACUGAAGCUCAAAAACAACGGCCACACAGUUGUUCUUGACCUUCCUGACAACCUGUUGAUAAUUGAAGGUCUCGCUCAGACAUACAGAGCGGCUCAGCUUCACUUCCACUGGGGGUCGGAGAGCAGCCCUGGAUCAGAGCACACGGUUAAUGGACACAGAUUCCCCGGAGAGAUUCACGUGGUUCAUUACUCGGCAGAAUACGAUAGUAUUUGGGAAGCAGUGAGUCGCCCCGGAGGCCUGGCGGUUCUGGCCGCAUUCAUUGAGGAGGGAGCGGACGAAAACCCGACCUACGAGCGGCUUCUCUCCCACUUGAGGAGCGUAGCGGAGGAGGGCCAGACGACCAACGUCACUGGCUUCGAUAUCCGCGGGCUGUUACCUCGGCGACUGGACCGAUAUUAUCGCUAUAAUGGAUCUCUAACUACACCGCCCUGCUUCCAGAGCGUCAACUGGACCAUCUUUAACCAAACCAUCCCUCUGUCUCCGAGACAGUUGGCCGUUCUGGAAGAUACAAUUCACACCGACCACGACCACGUUUUGCAGAUGAAUUUCCGCCUUCCACAGAGUCUCAACGGACGCCAUGUUCUCACGAGUUUUGGGGCGCCUGUUGGGGGCAGGAGGGCUUUUGGUGGGGGUCCAGUGCCAGCAGUGGUGACAGAUUCUCCCGAUGGCCCCGGCAACGAGGAGAAAGGUGCACAGGGGGGUGAAGAAUACACGCUAAGCACAGGUGACAUGCUGGCUAUAAUAUUCGGCGUUCUGUUCGGGGUGACAGCUGUGGCCUUCUUCGUCUAUGUGAGGAAGAACAGGACUAAGAACCAGAGGACUAAAGCUGAAAAUAAAUCCAAUGUCAUCUACAAAGUGGCCACCACAGAGGAGAACUUGGCCUAGCGGCCGCCCGUAUCAUGCACAGAGGCUGCAGAGGGCGCUGUGUUAUGCCGCGUUAUGUGUUAUUAUUAUUAUUAUUACAGCCUUCUUUUGUUAGAAAGAUUGUGUCUCA